GCAAUGCAGCGGCCCGAAAGCGACGCAAGCUGCAGCAGGCCCAGCUAAAGGGGGGAGAUUCGGCCAGCAGUGGUGGAUCGGCCGGAGCCGAUCAGGGUCCCCAGACCAAGAACACCGUCGCGGUGUUGAAUGAACUGAAGCGCAACCUGGUGUACAACAUGGAAUCGCAGACCGGACCGGUGCAUGCGCCGCUCUUCACGAUGUCUGUGGUGGUUGAUGGCCAAAAGUUCAUGGGCCACGGUCGGAGUAAAAAGUUGGCGCGAAUCGAAGCUGCCGCGGCAGCCCUGCGAAGUUUCAUCCAGUUCAAAGACGGUGCCACACUAACCCCGAUCAAACCACUGCAGAACGUGGACUUCACCAGCGACGAUCCGAUGAUCGAGAACAGCAUCUUUCCGUUGUCGGAUCCGCCGGCCCUGCCGGAAUCGAUUGCGACUACUCCGGCGGCGGCCACCACUCCUUCCGGCAAGGGAACCAAGCGAUCCGCCGACGGGGAGUACAAGGAACACCGCCAGAACGGACCCAACCACAACAAUAACAAUAAUAAUACCAACAACAACAACAAUGUGCACUCAACAAACAACAGUAAUUCCCCUUGUCUACCCAGUCCAAAUUCAAAUUUCAGCCAUCAUAACAGUACUACCACUAGUUACCAUAACAGUACUACUAGAAAUGCGAGUUACAAUAACAUGAUUACCAAUAAUAGCAACAGUAACAUCACUUCCGGUUAUCCCGCGCCCUAUCCCGGUUCCUAUGCAAACAAUAGCACACCCCAGCCAACACCAGGCCACUUCCAUCCCUACCACAACCAACACUACAACUACACCAACAACAUCCACAAUCACUAUUCGGGUUAUCACUACCACCACCACCAAAAUCACCAACAACCGGCUCAACUGCAACAGCAGCCGCGACUUCCGCUACUGCAAUCACACCACAACCACAGCCAAGUGGUGCCGUAUCAGCAACCGUUAGCUCUAGCGCAGUCCAAUCACUACUACAACUACAACUGCAAGACCGGUGCGAGCAGUGUGAAUGCCUACGCCGCCUCCAACUCCUCUUCCACCAAAAUUGCCAAUAAUACCACCACUACAACUAAUAAAACCACCAAAUUCACCACCACCACCACCACGAACCAUAGCAGUAAUGCCAACAAUAUUUCCACGCUGCCGACCAGCAUUUCUGCCCCGGCGAUCCUCCUGAACAAUAGCAGUAGUAGCGGUGGCGGCACAUGUGCUAGUGGUAGUGGUAGUGGUAGCAGUCCCUCGUCGAACAACACCAACAACAGUAGCAGCAACAGUGUUGCCGACGCAAUGGCGGCAACCCAACAACCGCAACAUCAACAACAGCCGCAGCAGCAACACGCCAACGGCCACCGGCAGGUGGUCGAAAAGAUACAGCAAAGUUUAGAUCUAUUUAAAAAUUCCAAUGAAAAGAAUGUAGCAUGGAAGAAGCGAUUAGAAAGCAAGUAUCCUUUUUUCGGUUUUAUCGAUUAUCUUUGUUCUUAUGAUAGUUAUUGUUACUCUUUAGUUUCUUUUGGUUAUGUUUCACUACAAACAAAGUACAGUCGAGUCUCUUUUUAAGAUUACUAAUCGGAAAUGCAAUGGGAAUCUACGUAAUAGGAAACUUGACUCACUAAUCAUCUUUGUCGAAUACACACAUUGAGAUAUGAAAUUGAAUAAAAAAUGCACGCCCACUAGCGCUGCCUAGUGGCAGAAUGUUAAACCAAUCAGCAUAAUUUUGUCGAUCACAUAAUCUUUCCAAUUUAUCUAAUUUCUUACGUCUGAGAUAUAUCUAUAAAAUAUACUAUAACAAGGAGACUCGACUGUACAAUUUUCUUUAGUUUUUUUACGUUCGGUUUGUGGGACGCUUAUCUGUGUAACACAAACACACGCCCGUAUUGGUAGUCGUAAUAUCGUGAAUGUAGUCACUACACGGUUGUUGAGUUUGAAUUUUUUGUUUUUGUUCCCCUUAGUUCGAUGUCUGUAUCUGUCUAUCACCGUGCCUAUUGGUCCGUUCCCCCCCUGUAUUGGUAGCUUCUGUAUUAGUCACCUACUUCUCACUUUCGUAGUGUAACCACGAACGAACAGUAUCAGUUUCCUUUUCUUUGAUUUCAUUUAUUUAUAAUUGAUUGUUGUAUUGUCAUUUCAUGUUGUUCACUCACACAACUACACAUACACUCUCCAUAUGACUCUUUUCACCGAUGAAUGUUACUAACUGUGUAUUUGCUUAACCCGCUCGUGCCGUUUCUGCAAUAGAGAGUUCUUCGUUCUCAAAAUCUUCAACGUCCCAAAUAACCAAUAUUUCUGCUGUCUAUACCAAAAUACACUUGCUACUUACUCAAAGUUCGGAUAAAGUUUAAAACAGAACUUUCUGGCUGCUUAAGAAACUAAAGUAUGCUCUUGAGCAGCUUCAAGUUACAUUGUCAAACACGCUAAUACAUUACGUUACGAGUUAAUUUCAAAUAAGUUUUUUCGAGAAGUUAAUCGCUGUGCUCAAUGCUCAUACAGCAAGCCAUAAUUUAACAUCGUUUGCUUGUUCAAUCUGUUCAUUGAACAGGUGUUCAAUUUGAAAUAAAAUUAUUCAUUAGCAACAUAACAUAGGUUAAAUUUUAUAUCACCAAAAGAUCUUGAAAAUUCUUGGUUUCCAUCCCAUUUUUAAUACAUCGCACAUCUCCUGUACAAAUCAGAAUUUGGUCUAAAAAUUGAAGAUGUAAUCCGUUGCUUUAAAGAUGAAUUCCAAGGGAAUUUGUUUGCACUAUUUCGGAAUCGCGUUGGAUUUCGAGGGGUGUGUCUCAUGAAAAAGAUAUUCUCUAAAAGUAAUACGUUUAUUACUUUAAACAACAUCUUAAUAAUUAAGAGACUCCCGCAAUGUGGCAUCCGCAAAGUUAUAGCGUCGAGUAAGAACUUUGGGACAUCAAAACAUGACUUCCAAUGCCAAGUCCACACACGCUUAAACCAUAAAAGAUCUGAAGGCAACUCCGCGCACAGUUUGUUGUCUGUCUCUGUAGAUUCCUGAGAGUGUAUUCUCCAGAUUCCUGGAAGAAAACACUCCAGAUUCCUGGAAGGAAUCUCUCCAGAUUCUUGGAAGAAAUCUCCCCAGAUUCUUGGGAGAAACCUGUCCAGAUUCCUGAGAGGAAUCUCUCUAGAUUCUUGGAAAGAAUCUCUCCAGAUUUUUGGAAGUAAUCUCUCCAGUUUCCUGAAAGUAAUCUCCAUAUAUUUGAGAGAAAUCACUCCAGAUUUAUGAGAAAAAAUUCUACAAAUUUCUGGAAGGAAUCUCUCCAGAUUCCUGAUAGAAAUCUCCGGAUUCCUGGGAGUAAUCUCUUCAGAUUCCUAAGAGGAAUCGUUCCAGAUUUCUGAGAGUUAUCUCUCUAGAUUAAUGAGAGGAAUCUCUUCAGAUUCUUGUGAGGAAUCUCUCAAGAUUCCUGGGAGGAAUCACCCCAGUUUCCUGGGAAAAAUCUCUCCAUAUUCCUGGGAGAGAUCUCUCCAUAUUCCUGGGAAGAAUUUUCUCAGACUCUUGGGAAGAAUCUCUGCAGUUUGCUGGUAAAAAUCUCCCCAGAUUCUUGAGAAUAAUCUCUUAAGUUUCCUGAGAGAAAUAUCUCCAGAUUUCUGGAGAGAAUCUCUUCAGAUUCCUUGGAAAAAUCUCACCAGAUUCCUGGGAGGAUCUCUCCAGGUUCUUGGAAAAAAUCUCUUCAGAUUCCUGAGAUGAAUCCGUCCAGAUUCCUGAGAGGAAUCUCUUCUGUUUCCUGGGAGAAAUCUAAAGAUUCCUGGGAGUAAUUUCUCAAGAUUCUCAAAAAUCUCAAGACUUAUUUUUUUUUUUCAAAUUCCUUGGAGGAAUCAUUCCGGAUUUCUAACAGGAUUCUCUUCAGAUUCUUGUGAGUAAUCUCUCCAGAUUGCUGGGAGGAAUCACUCCAGUUCCCUGGGAGGAAUCUCUCAAUAUUCCUGGGAGAAAUCUUUCCAUUUUCCUGGGAAGAAUCUCCCCAGACUCUUAAGAUGAAGUUUCUUAAGAUGCAGUUUCUUGGGAAAAAUAUCCACAGAUUCUUAUGAGUAAUAUCUCCAGAUUUCUUAGAGGAAUCUGUCAAGAUUUCUGAGAUGAAUCUCUUCAGAUUCCUGAUUCUAUGAAUCUCUAGAUUUCUGAUAGGAAUCUUUCCAGAUAUUUGGGAGAAACCUCUUCAAAUCCCUGGAAGGAAUCUCUCCAGAAUCAUGAAAGGAAUCUCUGCAGAUUCCUGGAAGGAAUUUCUUUUGGUUUCUGGAAGAAAUCUCCACAGAUUUCUGGGAGGAAUCUCCAGAUUCUUGGAAGUAAUUUCUCCAGAUUCUUGAGAGCCUAUUUUUCAGAUUCCUGGAAGGAAUCUCUCCAGAUUAAAAGACAACUAAAGAUAAUCACACCGUCUUCGGCCCGUGACUGCACAGACUAUCAUUACUAUCAUUAGACAAAGGACAACACAUAUAAACCACCCAGUGGCCCAGUGGAGAAUUUUCCGUUUGACGAAAAGUUUUCCCCGACUGGAGCGGGAAUUGAACCCACACUCCGAGGCUUACGAGACACCUAAACGACUGACGCCGCUAACCGCUCGGCCACAAACCCACAUUUCCUGGAAGAAAUCUCUCCAUCCGUAGAAGUUCUGGACUGCAGCACACUUGGUAAACUGUAUAAAAUAAUGCAGUUCCAGAAACACUUCAUUCGAUACUUGGAAUUGCACUUUCAGAUAUAAUGGGGCUUAUUUUGCGAAUCGUUUGAGAUGCAACGGUUUCGUCCCACGUGACGAGAGAAGGAAAAGGAGAUGCAGCGUGUGUUUAAGUAGCGAAAGAUAAAGUUGGACGGUCCGGGACCUGAUCAAGAAGAGAAACGAAGGGCAUGCCAUAAGCGGACAUGCUCCAAAAGAAGAAGAAUCAAAUUCAAUGACUGAAGGUCAACCAGGGGUCGUUCGCAAAUGGCGAUCAGGGACGAGUUAUCGAAUGUGUUGAAGCUGAACAAAGAAAACAUGGAGAGGCUAACGCGAUACUAUGUGUGUACCGACGAAACUGAGGACGAUUAAAACUCCGGCGAUUCCGAUAUGUCAAGCAAAAGUUCGGAUUCAUCCAUGAAAGGGAGGUUGAGAAAAGUGUUCCAAGGAAGACGUCCAAGAAGGUGGCCAAUACGAGCUGGGCAACAACACACUGGACCAACGGAAGGCCAUUGUGCCGCGAGGAAGGGAUUAACAUACAAGCUCCCAAAGUUCUCAUGCAAUCCCGCACAGUGGUCUUUGUUACACGCAGUCUACAAAGCGUCCAGCGAUGUCUGUGGCUAUGUUAACCACGAGAAUUUCGGGGAAUCGACUUUAGGAAGUACUGGAAAUAUUAGGCUUCUGAACUGGGAUAUAGACAAAUGAGUCAAAUGAUUGCCAGAUGAACGAAAACAUCCUUGCCCCGCGAGGCCUAGGGCCAGGAAGGGCGCGUGGAUUGACCCCGGGUAGACGAGAAUAUCUUAAUCAUAUCUCAAAUCGAACACUUUUUGCUGUCAUAGCUCGAUGUGAUUUUGAUGAGUUAUUCAAAAAUCUAAUGAAUAUCGCACGAAUAGCUCAAAGUGAUAUGAUAUCAGUUUUCGUUCAUGUCGAAAUAGCUGAAAAUUUCUACAUAAGAACAAGUUUAGCUCUUAUGCACGAAAUGGAACACAUACACUCAUAGAGAUGGCUCAAUGUUAGUGAAAUGCCAUGUGCCCCUUUCUGAGCUGUGGAAACGAAGAACCGCAUGCUCUUAUUCCCAUAUUAUUUACAACAGCGAGCCACAAUUGAGUGGUAAGCAUCGCCGCCUGUGAAUCCUAAGGUCGUAGGUUCGAUGCUGCAUGCUGACAUUUUUUUUUA